GGGGUCUUUUCUCUUUCCGGUUCCGCGCAGCCCUGGCUGGAGCAACCGCCAUUUCCAGCCCCGCGCGCUGCGGCCUGGUAGCCGGGGCUGGCGGCGGCAGGGUCCCACCUGGCCUUGGAGCCUCGCUCGCUUCUCAGUCCCGCGGCGUCUCCCCUCCCCCUGCGGGGAGCCUCUUCCUCUCCCCAGACCCGCCUGCGGGGAAGCCCGGGCCUCGCCCCCUCCCCACCAUGCGCCACAGCCUGACCCAGCUGCUGGCGGCCUCGUCGGGCGGAGAGAGCCCCUCGGCCGCCGCCUGGCAGCUCCCCAGCGCGGGGCCGGCGCCUGCGGCCGGAGGGGGCGAUGGCGGGGAGGAGGAGCCGGGGGGCCCCCGCCCCAAGCAGCAGCGCUGGGACCCGGCCGUCCUGGAGCAGCCGCAGCAGGCCAUGGGGGAGGCGGCCGCUGGGGCCGAGGAGCCGGCGGAGCACGAGGACCUAUUCUCGGGGCUGGAGCUGGGCGACCUGCUGGAGGCGGCCCAGCCGCACUGGGAGCUGGACGUGGAGCCGAGCGGCUGCUUCUGCGGGCAGCAGGGCGAGCCGGAGCCGCCCACGAGCGCGCCGGGCCAGAGGAGCUGUGGGGCCAGCCCGGGCGGGGUGGCGGCCAGGAGCCGGCUGAAGGCGGCGGCCGCGGCCCGCCUGAACCGGCUGAAGAAGAAGCAAUACGUGCUGGGACUGGAGAGCCGCCUGCAGGGCCUGGCCGCUGAGAACCGGCAGCUACGGGACCGCAACCGGGGGCUGAACCGGCGCCUGCGGGAUCUGGAGCGGGAGACCAGCUACCUCCGGGCCGUGCUGGCCAACCAGAGCGCCCUGGGGCAGCUGCUGAGCCGCCUGGCCGGGGCGGGAGGGCUCAGGCUCCGUACCAGCCUCUUCAGGGACACGGACCCGCCCCAUCAGCACCCGCCACAGGCCGGCGAGAGCCGCGACCACGACUACGCCCUGCCGAGCCAGGAUGCUGGGGAGUCGGAGGGGGAGGAGCGGCCGGCCUCCGGCGGGAUCUGCCUCCACGUGGACAGGGAUCAGUUGUCGGUGGAGUUCUGCUCCUUGUGUGCCAGGCGGGCAUGUGCCUCCUUCAAAAUUUUCUUUUUUAGGUGCUUGCCCUGCCAGGCUCCGUUGUGUAGGGGUUAAAGAACAGUCGUUUUCCACCUCGCAACCUGUGGAUACAGCUGUGUUGGGGCAGAAGAGACGGGACCAGCUGCUGGCCACAUUUCCUGCUUUGUUUUAAAAGGUAGUAUAAGAAAUGGGGAAAAAGAGGUAACAGGGCUUCUGCUGUCUUUCAUUUUUUAAAAGCUUGAAUGUUUGGAAAAACUAAUCUCACCAAUCCAAAGUUAGUGUGAUACCAAUUUAAAAAGUGACAAUGUACAAAGGUAAACGUCUGCUUUCUUUGUAUUCAGAGUUGCAUGUUCACAGAAAUACAGAGUCAGCACAGCUAAGAACUAGUUAGCUGUGGAUUCUGUUCCAUCAUAUGCAGUAUCAGCUGGAUUGUCUAUUUAGAGUUCCAGUUUUUUACACUUCUACAACCCCAUUGUAGGCAGUGGGGUAGUCCAAGUGUCAUUAAGAGCCAAAUAUAACCUUCUAGAGCUCUUAUUCUUGGUGAUAUGUGAGCUGGGAAGAACUAGACUUGAUUGAGCCUAGACUGAGUUUGUACAGCUCAUAGUUGGAGAAACACAUCUUUACUUGUAAUCAUCUUAUUCAACAAAAGUAUUAAAACAAUAAGCAUGGAAGACUCCAUGGCAUUUUUAGUCAGCUUUAAGAUAACUUUUUAAGUUAUCUUAACUUAAAUGUGACAUUAUUUUGCUCUAUAAUAGGAUUCCCCUUUUUUGCACGAUUAUAAACACUUCAUUGUUAGAUCAGAGCAAUCUGGGAGUUAAUCGUGGCCUCUAAUAUGCACAUGUGCAUCACUGCGUUCUGUAAAAUCUACUGCAUAUGAGCAACAGCUAAUUUUACAACAUGCAAAAUGAUGUGUGCCUGUACAACUAAGAACAAGAUCCACUCCCAAGAAUGUGACUGCAGGGAUUUUUAGUGCCUUCUGAAUCGUAUGUAAGCCAAACAGAGGGGAAAAUUCUUUGAAUGAUGAUCAAUUUGUGCUAUCUGUAUGGAAUAUUGUUAAAUAUGGCUUUUUGAAGCAGAAGCCUUGAACUGAAAUCUUAACAAUACUUGAAAACUGGUAAAUGUUUCUUUGUAAUUAGCUCUGUGCCGUACAAAUAAGAAUACAGUACUACAAUAAAACCAGAUGUGUCGAUCUUUUAA